UGAUGUUGCGUUAAUGAUGUGUGUGUGUGUGUGUGUGUGUGUGUUUGUGUUUCAGCUGUGCAGCGGACUGCAGGAUGCCCAGUUAACAUCAGUUGUGUGUGUAGAAGAGCUCCCGCACUGGACAGAUGGCGGCGACAGCGAACCCGGAGAUGCUGACCCGGAAGAUCAAACUGUGGGACAUCAACGCCCACAUCACCUGCAGACUGUGUGAGGGGUACCUGAUCGACGCCACCACUGUCACUGAGUGCUUACACACAUCCAUGACCGGACCAUGCAGGACAUCGUCUACAAGCUGGUUCCAGGACUGCAGGAAGCGGAGAUGAAGAAGCAGAGGGACUUCUAUCAGAAGCUGGGGAUGGAGGUUCCUGGAGACAUUAAAGGAGAGCUGUGCAACAUGAAAAUCCACCCGGACUCUCAGCGCAAUGAAAUCGCCGCUCCUCCUCCAUUACAGACCGAAGAUGGAUCUGCUGUAGUGUCGGUGCGGGGCCGAGGAGCCGAUCUGAACUGACAGAAUCAUAUAUUUAUACUUUUGUAAAGUCCAGAGUGGUGGAGCCGCCGCCGCCGCCGCGCUGUUUACAGGACCCCCACACACACACACCGUUUCUACCAUUGGACAGCGCCUGACGAAGAAACUGCUCUCACUCAGGUCCAGUGCAACACUUGUGGAGCCUUACAUUCACUGAUCUCAGAGCAGUCCGGUGUCCACAGGCAGAUCUGUGUGCAGUGUUUCUGUUCUGUUGACUGAUGUUGAUGUAUAUACAGUGGUGCUGAGCCCAGCGUCAUCACCACACACACACACACACACACACACACAGACCCAGCUGCCCUGCCAAUAUUUCAGCCCAACUCAAAGAGAGAUAUGAUGUGGACAGUGCAGCUCAGUGUUUGGGUCAUGAUGAUGAUGUCAGUGUAUGAUGGAUGAUGAUCAUAUGAGGAGGUGAUCUGCCAGUGGGAGGAAUCUUCUCAUGUCAGGAUCAUUCCUCCAGCGCUGGCGGGUCGUCCUGCUGUUUUCAGGACAGACUGGAUUUCUGGACACAAGACCACAUUGUAUAGAGUAUACAGAGUUCUGACUGAUUUAAACUGGUUCUUAUAUCUGGACUCAGCUGUAGUGCAGUGUGUGAGCGUCGUCUGACAUCAUCCUCAUCACAGCCCACACACACUCGCAUGAGCCGAUCAAACAGAUGAACAGAGUCAUGACUGACCUCAGACCUGCAGCUCUGAGUAAUCUGAUCAAUAAAGAUGAUAUGAUAUAAUCUAAUCUAU